CUCUCACUGGGCGAUUUGUUUUCUUUUUGUCAAUCUCGUUGGGUUUUCUUUCGCAGUUUAUGAGCGAAACGUAUUUUUCUUUCCCAGGAAAAUCGUCCUCAACGAUUCCAAUUGAACUUCAGAAUUCCCUUGGUAACUCUCCAGAUUUCAGGCACAGUAUAAGUGGUUAGGUUGCAGCAAAGUGCCAAUCAUGCCAAAAAAAGAUUUGCUGCUUUGUUCUUCUAGGCCAAACAAAAGUAAAGCAAAGGUAGAUCUUUUUUGUUGCAUUAAGGCAAAGGUAGAUGAUAAUUUAGGUGAAAGGGAUUCAGACACAAAGUGCUAUGAAUGUUUGCAAGCACCCGAGACUGCUUCAAAACCCUUUUGCUGCAAUGAGGUUAAUUUGUCAAAUGAGAAUCAAGCAGAGUUGUCAAGGAUGAGUUUGGAAAAUACAACUGUCGAAGAGAAACCCACGGAACCAAAUUCAUCGACACCACAUGAUGGUUGCAGAAUUGCAGUUGGGAACUCCCAAACCGAAUCAUCGAGACGUUCUCUGACAGAUUUGCGCACAGCAAGGAAAAGAGGGAAAUUUCCACCAGGUAAGCCAAGUCAAGCUCAACAGCAUCAAAUCUGUCAAAGGAACAAAGGGUAUGCAAAGAAAUCUGUGAGGAGUACUGCUGCAGCCCGUUGGCAAGUGAAACCAAUUCAAGUGGAAGCAAAUGUUGCACAGCCAGUUAAGCAGAGUGCAAAGCAUAUUAAUCCACCCUCCAAGGUCCAACUGAAUAAAGUUGCACAGCCAGUUAAGGAGAGUGCAAUGCAUAUAAAUCCUCCUUCCGAUGGAGUUCGGAAGUCUUUCGAACAGAAUAAAGUUGCACAGCCAGUUAAGGAGAGUGCAACGCAUAUAAAUCCAUCUUCUGAUGGAAUUCGGAAGUCUAUCCAACAGAAUAAAGUUGCACAGCCAGUUAAGGAGAGUGAAAUUCAUAUAAAUCCACCUACCAAUGGAGUUCGGAAGUCUAUCCAACAGAAUAAAGUUUCACAACCCAUCAAGUCGAGUGGAGCUAACAAAACUGUCAGAACUGUAAAUCCCCAGAAAGUUUGGCGGGUAAAGGAAAAGAAUGAAGCUACCAAAAGUUCACCUAAACCAUGCUCAAAACCAGAAGCUCAAAGACAGAAAAAGAAGGGAUUUUCCAAACGUUCACGUAAGCCAAGCUCAAAACCUGCAUCUCAAAGACAUCAUAUCAAGUGGCAUGGUUUUGAUGAAUCAAUUGGAUGGAGCUGUUGCCUUUGCGAGGAUGAUCUUGCACAUUCUCCCACUGAGGAGGAACAUGAAACAGAUAAGUUUCCAGAUGUUGCUGUACUUUCAUGCGGUCAUGCUUUCCACGAUGUGUGCUUGCAACUUUCCACUUCCAAUCUGCAAUGCAGUGAUCCUCCUUGCAUUAUUUGUGCCAGUUUCUCGUCUUGAAUGGAAGCAUUGAUGCCAUGAACAUUUUCACUUUGCAGUUUAUUUUUUUCAUUCUUGUGGUAGUGACGUCUUACACUGCUUCCGGUGAAUCGAUUGUAUACAUUAGAACUUUGUUACUUAGAUGAUGGCUAACCAUAACCGUGACUAUUUCAUAAUUUUCUGCACGGAAGAGUGCUUUUACUUCCCUUUUUGUUGAGUCAGCUAAUUCCAGUAAC